ACAAAAUUAAGUAGAAUGGAAACUCAGAGGCGACGCGUGGCGGAGGAGAUGGCUAUCUCGAUACAGAUUACCGCCGUGCUACUCCUCCUCAUAACUGGCGGCGCUGCUGGACGUUCUGCCGAUGAUCUUGUAGCGGAGCUGAAGUCUCUUAGGUCUCAGUCUCCCUCCGGCGUGAUCCAUCUCGAUGACCGCCUCGUCUCCAGCUUCCUUACCUCCGUCGGCACGCCCCGCCCCUAUUCUCUACUCAUCUUCUUCGACGCCAACCAACUUCGUUCCAAGGCCGAGCUUCGCCUUCCCCAUCUCCACUCCGAGUUCUCCCUCCUCUCCGCCUCCUUCGCCGCACAUCAUAAAGACGACGCCUCGUCAUCUCGCAUCUUCUUUUGCGACGUCGAAUUCGAGGAGUCUCAACAGUCGUUCGACCUCUUCGGAGUGUCCAGCGUGCCCCAUGUCCGCCUCGUUCCGGCCUCUACUCGCUCGCUCCGCGAUUCCAUCCCUAUGGACCAGUCCGAGUUCUCCCGCGGUGCUGAGUCCAUGGCUGAAUUCCUCGAGUCCAAGACUAAGAUCUCCCUCGGUGGAGCCAUCCUGCGCCCUCCCCGUGUCUCUCUUCGCCAGGUCCUCUUCCUCCUCGCUGCCAUCCUCAUCUCCGCCCCUUUCCUAAUUCGCCGCAUCCUUGACGGCGACACUCUCAUCCACGACCAGCGCCUCUGGAUGUCCCUCGCCCUCUUUGUGUACUUCUUUGGCGUCUCCGGUACGAUGCACAACAUCAUCCAUAACAUGCCCAUGGUUUUGCCCGACCGCAACAACCCGGAUCGCUUAAUCUUCUUCUACCAAGGAUCUGGGAUGCAGCUGGGGGCUGAGGGCUUCGCCAUUGGCUUCCUGUACAUGGUUGUUGGACUCGUUCUGGCCUUCGUGACUCAUUUGCUUGUUAGAUUUAGAAGCAUCUCCGCUCAGAGGGGAUUCAUGCUGGUGGGAAUGCUACUGGCUUACUGGGCUGUGAGCAAGGUGAUCUAUUUAGAUAAUUGGAAGACUGGAUACAGCAUCCAUAGUUUCCGUCCAAAAAGUUGGUGGUGAUCUGAGAUCAGAGGCUUUCCGAACUAUUUGUCUUUCUAAGAGGCAAUACAACAUUCCAUUCUAAAUAUGGAAGACAGAAUGGGGGUUUACAUUUCCUUUUCUUUCAUUUAUUUUCCUUCUAUAUAAUCACUUUGUUUCUUUUCUUAAAUUCCACCUUUUGUUUGAAAGACUUCUCUGUUCACUAGUCUGUGGUGUGCUUCUAUCUCUUAUUGAUCUUGAAAGAAACACAAUCUGUCUUACGUUUUCAUCUUAUGUUAUGCAGGAUUUCAGACUCUUCCAUCUUUAUGGAUCUGAUCACGUGAAAAGGUCUUUUCAUUUGUUAAGAAGAUUAGUUUUUUGGUUGAAAUGGAGUGAACAUAUUCUGUGUGAUCAUGAAAUAUCAAACUUGUUGUCCCCAUGGCGUAGCACAGAUGGGGAGUGCAUGGUUCUGUGGCCGAAAGGUCCAGGGGUCGAUCCUCGGGGUGUCACUGUCUGGGGUUAACGUCUCCGCCAUGCAUUUUCCACCAAUGUACCUGUAUUUACCUCCCUCCAUAUCCGUAGGACCGGCUCUAGGGGACCGUUGAUGAAAUAUCAAACUUGUUUUGAGGGACUUCAAAUUUUUGCUCAUUAGUGAGUAUGCUCUAAACAAGAUUGUUUCUUUUAGUUUUUUUUCUUCUCCUAAACAAAGUUUAUGGCAGCGAGCGAAUCGCCUUUUGGCACAUGUGAGUUCUUAUAGUAUUCUAUGCUUCAUGUUAAUGUUUUCGGAGGAUCCCUCUUACUACUUAAAAUAACUAAAAAAAACAGUUAAGUUAGUUUCUUUCAA